AGCUUUCUUAAUCAUCACUGAAUCAUAUCUUACCAUAAACAUUGGUCGGAGGGUGCUCCUUCUACUCAUGACCGCCGGUAGCUACGGCCCUAGUAAGGGUCGACUUAGGCCUCAAAUGGCCAUUGCAUUGGCCAUUGUUCUUGUUUCCUUCAAUGUAGCAUCCGUCGCUGCCGAUGCUUACACUCAUUCACCACCUCCGCCACCACCGUAUGUCUACAGCUCUCCACCGCCUCCUUCACCGUCACCUCCACCUCCUUAUGAGUACAAGGAUCCACAUUAUCAAUACAAGUCUCCUCCACCACCUUCUCCCUCACCUCCGCCACCAUAUUACUACAAAUCUCCUCCACCACCUUCCCCAUCUCCUCCACCACCAUACUACUACAAAUCUCCCCCUCCCCCAGACCCAUCCCCUCCACCCCCAUACUACUACAAGUCUCCUCCACCACCCUCUCCCUCUCCUCCACCUCCUUACUACUAUAAAUCUCCCCCACCACCCUCUCCCUCACCUCCACCACCUUACUACUAUAAGUCACCACCACCACCACCAUAUCAACACAAGGAUCCGUAUUACCAAUACAAAUCUCCUCCUCCACCCUCUCCUUCACCUCCACCACCUUACUACUACAAAUCCCCACCACCACCUUCACCGUCGCCACCCCCACCAUACUACUACAAGUCCCCUCCCCCACCUAAAAAAUCACCACCAUAUGAUCCUUACUACUACAAGUCCCCACCACCACCUUCACCGUCACCACCCCCACCAUACUACUAUAAGUCCCCUCCCCCACCUAAAAAGUCUCCACCCUAUGAUCCUUACUACUACAAGUCCCCACCACCUCCUUCACCGUCACCACCCCCACCAUACUACUACAAGUCUCCUCCCCCACCUGAAAAGUCACCACCCCAUGAUCCUUACUACUACAAGUCUCCUCCACCUCCUUCACCAUACCCUCCACACGUGCCUUACUACUACAAAUCUCCUCCUCCACCGUCUCCUAAGCCUUACUACUACAAAUCUCCACCUCCACCAUCUCCUAAGCCUUACUACUCUCCCCCGGUUGCAUAUCCUCACCCUCACCCGUAUCACCACUCAUUGAUCGUUAAGGUUGUCGGUAAAGUCUAUUGUUACAGAUGCUAUGACUGGAAAUACCCUCAGAAAUCGCACAACAAGAAAGCCCUCGAAGGUGCCACGGUCGAAGUGACCUGUGAAGUUGGAAGCAAGACCAUAACAGCUUACGGUAAAACUAAGAACAACGGAAAAUACAGCAUCACUGUUGACAAAUUUGACUAUGUUAAAUAUGGAAGCACAGUCUGCAAGGCUAAACUCCAUGCUCCUCCUAAGGGCUCACGUUGCAAGAUACCCACCAAGCUUAACGUGGGAACCAAGUUGGAGUUGAAGUCAAAGGAUAAGUACGAAGUUGUUCUGAAGGCUAAGCCAUUUGCUUAUGCUCCAGAAAAACCAUAUGAUUGUGAGAAACACAAGCAUUCACACAAACCAUACUACUACAGCUCUCCCCCUCCACCUUCACCCUCACACUCAUACCCUCCUUAUUACUAUAAGUCACCACCUCCACCUCCACCAUCAUACUACUACAAGUCACCACCUCCACCAUCAUACCACUACAAAUCUCCACCUCCUCCCACCAAGGAUCCAUAUUAUCCUCCUUACUACUACAAGAGCCCACCUCCACCAUCACCAUCACCACCUCCACCCUACUAUUAUAAAUCUCCACCUCCUCCUCCCAAGGAUCCAUAUUAUCCUCCUUACUAUUACAAGAGCCCACCUCCACCAUCACCAUCUCCUCCUCCACCUUACUACUAUAAAUCUCCACCUCCUCCCAAGAAGGAUCCAUAUUAUCCUCCUUACUACUACAAGAGCCCACCUCCACCAUCACCAUCUCCACCACCACCCUACUACUAUAAAUCUCCACCUCCUCCUCCCAAGGAUCCAUAUUAUCCUCCUUACUACUACAAGAGCCCUCCUCCACCCUCACCAUCCCCUCCUCCACCUUACUAUUACAAAUCACCUCCACCACCAUCUCCAUCACCACCACCUCCCUACUACUACAAAUCACCUCCUCCACCAGAUCCAUCACCACCUCCUCCAUACUACUACAAGUCUCCUCCCCCACCAUCCCCAUCACCACCACCUCCUUACUACUACAAGUCUCCUCCACCACCAUCUCCAUCACCACCACCACCCUACUACUACAAGUCACCUCCACCACCAGAUCCAUCACCACCACCUCCCUACUAUUACAAGUCACCUCCUCCACCAUCCCCCUCACCACCACCUCCUUACUACUACAAGUCCCCACCACCUCCUUCACCGUCACCACCCCCACCAUACUACUACAAGUCUCCUCCCCCACCUGAAAAGUCACCACCCCAUGAUCCUUACUACUACAAGUCUCCUCCACCUCCUUCACCAUACCCUCCACACGUGCCUUACUACUACAAAUCUCCUCCUCCACCGUCUCCUAAGCCUUACUACUACAAAUCUCCACCUCCACCAUCUCCUAAGCCUUACUACUCUCCCCCGGUUGCAUAUCCUCACCCUCACCCGUAUCACCACUCAUUGAUCGUUAAGGUUGUCGGUAAAGUCUAUUGUUACAGAUGCUAUGACUGGAAAUACCCUCAGAAAUCGCACAACAAGAAAGCCCUCGAAGGUGCCACGGUCGAAGUGACCUGUGAAGUUGGAAGCAAGACCAUAACAGCUUACGGUAAAACUAAGAACAACGGAAAAUACAGCAUCACUGUUGACAAAUUUGACUAUGUUAAAUAUGGAAGCACAGUCUGCAAGGCUAAACUCCAUGCUCCUCCUAAGGGCUCACGUUGCAAGAUACCCACCAAGCUUAACGUGGGAACCAAGUUGGAGUUGAAGUCAAAGGAUAAGUACGAAGUUGUUCUGAAGGCUAAGCCAUUUGCUUAUGCUCCAGAAAAACCAUAUGAUUGUGAGAAACACAAGCAUUCACACAAACCAUACUACUACAGCUCUCCCCCUCCACCUUCACCCUCACACUCAUACCCUCCUUAUUACUAUAAGUCACCACCUCCACCUCCACCAUCAUACUACUACAAGUCACCACCUCCACCAUCAUACCACUACAAAUCUCCACCUCCUCCCACCAAGGAUCCAUAUUAUCCUCCUUACUACUACAAGAGCCCACCUCCACCAUCACCAUCACCACCUCCACCCUACUAUUAUAAAUCUCCACCUCCUCCUCCCAAGGAUCCAUAUUAUCCUCCUUACUAUUACAAGAGCCCACCUCCACCAUCACCAUCUCCUCCUCCACCUUACUACUAUAAAUCUCCACCUCCUCCCAAGAAGGAUCCAUAUUAUCCUCCUUACUACUACAAGAGCCCACCUCCACCAUCACCAUCUCCACCACCACCCUACUACUAUAAAUCUCCACCUCCUCCUCCCAAGGAUCCAUAUUAUCCUCCUUACUACUACAAGAGCCCUCCUCCACCCUCACCAUCCCCUCCUCCACCUUACUAUUACAAAUCACCUCCACCACCAUCUCCAUCACCACCACCUCCCUACUACUACAAAUCACCUCCUCCACCAGAUCCAUCACCACCUCCUCCAUACUACUACAAGUCUCCUCCCCCACCAUCCCCAUCACCACCACCUCCUUACUACUACAAGUCUCCUCCACCACCAUCUCCAUCACCACCACCACCCUACUACUACAAGUCACCUCCACCACCAGAUCCAUCACCACCACCUCCCUACUAUUACAAGUCACCUCCUCCACCAUCCCCCUCACCACCACCUCCAUAUUACUACAAGUCACCUCCACCACCAUCCCCAUCGCCACCACCUCCCUACUACUACAAAUCACCUCCACCACCAGAUCCUUCACCGCCACCUCCUUACUAUUACAAGUCACCACCACCACCAUCUCCUUCACCACCGCCACCCUACUACUACAAGUCACCUCCACCUCCAUCACCUUCUCCACCCCCUCCUUAUUACUACAAGAGUCCUCCUCCACCAUCUCCCGAUCCUCAUACUCCCUACUAUUACAAAUCUCCUCCACCACCCAUCUACCAUUAAGCUUCGAAUUAAGCAAAAUUGACUACAAGUCAUGUUAUAGUAUUCAUUGUGGAAUAAAGUCAAGUUCCAUUUGGAGCAGAGUUAAGCAUCUAAUUUGUUGUACACGUUCUUUGAAUAAGGAUCUGAAUGUAUCAUCUCUAAGUUACAAUCUUCACGAUUCGGACGAGGCUGCUUCCAUCUAUUUGGUUGUCAUCUUGCAUGUUUUGUUCUUACUAAGUUCAAGAAGCGACAAAGGAAAAUGAGCCAAGAUUCGAAAUCUUGAUCCUAAUGGAGGCUACUCUUAGAGAUCUCUUUCAUUUGUUUCUUUGUAGAUUAUCUAUCUAUCUAUAUAUAUAUAUUUGAUCGUGUAAUGAUUGCAUUCAAAAUAAUGUGAAAUUCUUUUGAUUAUA